UUUGCAGUCAUCUUGCAGAAGAACGCGUUCUUGUGCCUCUCAUGCCAAACCGCUGAUAGGAUUGAUCAGUGCUAGUGUUUAGAUCUUAUGUACAUCUUGAACAGCUUGUGGAACAAUGUUGCGGUCUGCAGUGUGUGUCCCGGAUGUGGUCCAGGAGCAGUGCUGUGUGAAAGAGGAAUGUGGAGAUGAUUGUAUCACUGCGUGCACGGUUAAAAUCGAGGAAGAUGAAACCAGCAUAGAUACAACAAUCGAAGGUAUUGCUGCGCAGCUGAAAGAGGAAGAUGAAGAGCAGAGGGUGUCCGAGGAAAUGCCAGAAAGCACUGAAUAUAAUGAAGGAACCACUAAUCGAAGCUUUCACAGGGUCCUCGUUGUUCCAGAGGCAGGCAGCGAGGAGAAAACCCCCAGCAGCCAUUUGAACCGCUGCCCUCACUGUGAGAAGACUUUUGCUAAAAUGCAGUUUUUAAAAACCCACCUGAGAGUACAUACGGGAGAGAAGCCUUACGGGUGCUUGCAUUGCGGGAGGAGGUUUUCUCACCUAGCGUCGCUGACAGGUCACAGGAGAACGCAUACAGGAGAGAAGCCGUAUCAGUGCUUCCAGUGUGGGAAGAGGUUUGCUCUUUCAGGCUCGUUGAAAUUGCACGAGAGGAUCCACACGGGAGAGAAGCCGUACCAGUGCCUUCAGUGCGGGAAGAGCUUUUCUAGGCAUGCGUUUUUAAAAAAACACCAGCGCAUGCAUUCUGGAGAGAAGCCUUUCUCUUGCCUUGAGUGCGGGAAACGAUUCUCUCAUCCGAGCUCCCUGAAAGAUCACGAAGGCUCGCACACCGGAGGGAAGCCUUAUAGCUGUUCUGAAUGCGGAAGGCAGUUUUCUCACCCGAGUUCACUAAAAGUCCACGAGAGGAUCCAUAGUGGCGAGAAGCCGUACCACUGCACUCAGUGCGGGAAGAAUUUCUCCCAUCUCACGUCGCUGAAAAUUCACGUCCGAAUACAUACUGGAGAAAGGCCGUACCAGUGCUCCCAGUGUGGAAAGGGUUUCUCUCAUGCAGGCUUAUUGAAAGGUCACGAGAGGAUACAUACCGGGGAGAAGCCGUACCACUGCACGCAGUGUGGGAAGAGUUUUACUCAGUCAAGUGCGUUAAAAGUGCACCAGAGGAUCCAUACCGGAGAGAAGCCUUACCGGUGUACACACUGCGACAAGUGUUUUUCUCAUCCAGGGUCUUUAAAGAUACACCAAAGAAAGCAUACCGGAGAGAAGCCUUAUCGAUGCGAGCAGUGCGGCAAAAGCUUUUACAGAUCAUGGUACUUAAAAGUACACCAGAGAAUACAUACUGAGGAGAAGGAAAUGAGCUCGAGCUGAAAUUUUUUUUGUAUGGUUUGCAUUCGAGGUAUCUAUUUAUUAUCUCCGUGACUGCUGUGAAGGGAGUUUUUCUCAUUUUCAAGCUGGGUUUGGUGAUGUAAUCAGGUUUUGACGACGUCUAAUCGAUGUGAGCAUCGUUACUGUGUGUAUGUGCUGUACCGGAGUCAGACUUCUGAGAGUCUGCACACUAUUCGAGCUCCGAAUCUUCAACUCCUUUAGCGGUUAAAAACAGCAUCAACGGUGGGCACAUGGAAAAUUAAAAUACACGUGUUAUACACUCGUGAAUUCCAAUGAAAUUGGAAUACUGAUGGAUUUGACUUUAUUGUCCACCAAUGUGGAAAUUCUCCUUUGUCUUCUCAUAAAAAAAAUAAUUAAUAAAUAAGUAAAACCCCACAAUAAUACACAUACACAAUAUAUCAAUUAUUUUCACAAGGAGUUGCUUACCCUUCAUUUAAUAUUCUAAUCGCCACUGGUAUAAAGUAGUGUUUAUACACAUUUCUAAGAUAUUUCGGGACCGUAUACCUUCUUCCAGAUGGAAGCAUUACAAAUUCCAAGUCAAGUGGGUGUGUGGAGUCAAAUACAACCCUCGUUGCUCUUCUGUGUCUUGCCAGCACAUACAGUUUAAAAAACUGCUUAAUAAGUAAUAAAGCAAAAAAAAAAAAAAAAAAAAAAGGAGGGGGUGAAUCUGGAGGCAUUGUAUUUGCAGAAACAUUGCUGUUUGGAUGCAUAAUUGCAAAUUGUAAUCGCAAUCCAUUUUAAUUUAUUGAAAACAAAAACAAAACACCACCACCAAAGUCAAAUAUUCCAGUCUGAGCAUGAGCAUAAAUAGGUGCACAGAUGUCUAGGAUUUUCUAGAACUUUGUUAUAUCACAUGUACUAGUACAUAAGUUCUGUGAUCAAUGACACGGUUUAAAGUGAGGAAUCAGUGAGAGUAAAACUACAUGUACUCCAUUUACAAUAAUACACGCCUCGCUCACCAUUCAGCAUUGCCUCUCCCUAGCUGAAGCAAAAGAAAUACACUCCAAAUAAAACAAUGAGUACUCUGAUUAGUGCUUGAGCUUAAAUGUGAGUGAAAACAAUCUUCUGUAAUUGGUCAUCAUGAUUUAUUUAAAGGAUAUGGUUAUGUUUAUUUUUUUUUUUUUAGAUAUCACCCAACCUUAAAUUUUGACAUUUUUUGUGUACAUGCACUAUCUUUUGUGUAUAUUUUAUCCUCUUUGUGAUUACCACUCAUCACAAAAUAAUGAGUUCUGAUAAACUCUUAUGACUUGUGUAAAGAAAACAUACCGUAGGUCUGCUGUACCUUUUUAAGGGAACAGAUUUUCCUUCAUUAGGUUGGCCAAUGUAGUUAUUUCUAAGUGAUCACUUAGAAAAAUACUUAGAUAAUCCAAAUAAUACAAGCACUGUUUGCUUGUUUUGGAGAGAAAUACAGCGUGUUUAAUUUCCAAGUAGUUGCCUUGAAAAGAAAAAAAACUGUAGCUCUGUCUUUCUUUGUGGAAAACAUAUUGCUGGGCUGGACUGCAUAUACAGUAUAUACUGUUGUCACAUCCUAACACCUGCUUAAAGUGAUGUUUUUAUGUAUUAUUUAUACAAGUCACUAAAAUGGUUUUACUUAAUUAGAGAAUUUUUUUUGGUUUCGAGCACAUACAACCUUCAUUACAUCACGUUUAAUUUGUAUACAAUAAUGAGUUUAUUUUGGGCUUACUGUUACUAAUGUCAUCUAUCAUCUAUAAAUCCCAAUUCAAAUCUCUUUUUGUUUUUAUGAAGACGUGAUAUUUAAAAACCCUUGAGUGUUGUGACAUUGAAUAACUCUUAACUAUUAAGCCGGAUCUGGGUGGCAUUAGUUUGUGAAGGGUGCUAGUGUGCUUAUGCUUCAUUUGAAUUUAUAUCUGGUUGGAUAUGGAGGUAAUAAUAUAAAGCGGUUAUACUUUGAACUCUUUUUUUUUUUUUUUUUUUUUUUUUAUAGGGAAACGCUCAAUUGAAAAGAAUAAGGAUGCAAAAUGGGAGUUUUUUGAACAGCAAGAGCAGAACAUCAUACCUUUCCUACACACACUUUACAAGUUUACAAUGCCAGUGGAUAAAGGUACAUUCUGGGUUGAAAUCAGAUGAACUCUUUACUGCACGGUGUUGCCAUAUGGCAACAAUUAAUUUAUCUCCAAUUUUUUUUUUUUUUUGAUAGGCAAUAAUACAAAGCUACUAUUUUCCUAUGUAACUGGAAAAAGGGGUCUUUAACGUUAACAUCAUAAAAAAAAUAAUGCCACAUCACAUGACCAGGAAGUGCUGUCCUUUUCUGCAGUCACAUGGCAUGGUGAAGGUCAUCAUCAGACGAUGAUGAAUGAAAAUUUGAUUCAUUUUUCAAUAUUUAGGCAAAACUACUUAAAGGGAAAAAAAAUUAAACACUAUCUGCGCUAAAUUAUUAUUAUUUUUUUCCAUUUAAACAAGUUUAUAUAUACUGAGUAUUCUCUUAAAUAGUAAAAAAAAAAAACACACACUAAGCUUCUCUAAUGGUAUAUUCACAUUUUAUCACAUCCAACGUAAGAAAAACUGUUGUAAAUUCAGAAAUUUUGCAACUGCACUUUAUGUUCUAAAGUUUGUUUCAAGAGAAAGAAUUAAAAAUAUACUUCACGCAAAACAUGUUCGGAUCUAAUUUUUUGUAUGUAUUUUGAGUGAGUAAAUUCUUCCACAUACUUUCUACAACUGUAAUUCAUUUCUAGAAGAUACAGUAUAACUUUUACAUGCUUACUAGAUCGCAAAAAACUUAUAGUCUGGGAAAUGCAGUAAUUGGAAUCUCAUCCAUUUUGUGUUAGUUUCGACUAUAUGAUACUUUCCACAAUUGUUUACCAACCCCCCAAGAGCAAAGCAGAACAGUGAUUUUAAAAUGGCACUGGGACCUUUAAAGAGUGGACUGGAAGCUGGUUUAAAGCCAAUCCGAUGUGGUCCAUCUUCAGUCAGGACUGUAAUAAUGCCAUUUUGUAAUAGUUGUAAGGAAGAAAGAGAUAAGUGCAGAAAUUUCGAGUUGAAAUGGAAGGAAGGGAUGUAUGAUUUUCAGCUAGGGACCCCUUCAACUGUUCCACUGACCCUCUCAGUGCAGAUUUAUUUUAAGAACAUUAUCCAUCUGUUCAAACAUUAAGCACAUUA